AUGCCUGAAUAUGACCUUUUAUAUAAGGAGAAUGAAAAAAUGCAGCAUAAUUUAGGAGAGGGACAAACAGACUGUGCUCUGAUUGAGAAUAAGAGGGGGUCAAUGCUCAAGUCUCCUAGAAACCCUGAACAGAAGAUCAUUAAACGAGUGAUUGCUCUUGAAGGAGACAUUAUCAAAACUAUUGGAUACAAAAAGAAGUAUGUGAAAGUUCCACAUGGGCAUAUUUGGGUUGAAGGUGAUCACCAUGGACACAGUUUUGACAGCAAUGCUUUUGGCCCG